AUGGCAUUCUCCAACACCCUUAGUGGACGCAUGGAAGAACUGCGCUUCCCCAAUCUGCGCUCUCCAGACACCGAGAGCCCUUACAGCUCGAAUGGUUCCUCCACGCGAGAACAAAAUCCAUUCUUCUCAAACAUGCACUCCUCGUCGAACGAUGCCCGCGCGAGCCUCCAGCGUCGCUUCACGACGGACUCGAGUAAGAUGCCCGUGGCCAGACCGUUUGGUCAGCAAUACACGUCGAUUAACUCGACAGCGGCCAAAAACAAGCAAAUGUACGAAGACAUUCAGAAUGCAAAGCGCAAGGCCGAGGAGCAGCUCCGGCUCCUGGAGCUUCAGGAGCGAAGCCUUCAGAUGGGAGCUUCUACUCAAGACCUUGAGCGGAUCUCUACUCGAUUGAAUCGGAUCAGUCUCAACGGUCCUGUGAGCGAACCCACCACUCCUCCAGAGUACGCCGAAAGUGGUUUCAGCAAUCGGUUCUCGCGCUCUAGCAGACUGUCCAUGAACAGUAUCAUUUCACCUCCGGGUCUGAGCAAGCGAAUCUCUCAAUCUAGCUCUCAAGUCACCUCACCUCCACCGAAUCGUCUGUCUGGCAACGGCAUGUACAGUCAGUCUCAGAAGCCUUCUGCGAAAUCAGUACCCGGGUCUCGAAGAGGAUCUGAUGAAGACGAGUAUUAUCCCGAGGACGUGCCCACCACUCGAGCUGCUGCUUCGUUGAACCGCUUUUCUAUGCCAGUCAACAGCAGUCGUCAUCCACAACGUCUUAGUGUGAGUGGGACUGGCGGCGGCGCAUUUGGUUUAGCAAACACCACCAGUUUUCUCUUUGAUGAGGACGACGACAAACUCAACCCGCUCGAUUUGACAUCUCCUGUUGCGAAGGCUUUCGCACAGCUUGAAGGUGAUGACACAUUUCCAACGUUGACUAGUGACGGUCUCAAGCUUUCUGCCAACUCUGCUGCUUUGGAUCUUGCAAAUAGCAGGACACCAGAUCUUGACUGGACUCUCGGAUCUCGGUACAGACCGGCUCACCAGAGCAUGCCUCAUACAGACUCUUCCAUGUACAGGCCUGUCCUUACCAACCUCAACAUUAGCAGCCCUCCUGCAGAUCGUCCUGCGGAUUUGACGCGUCGCAAAUCUCAGCGUCAUUCUAUGGGAGUCACUUUUGAAGAUUCUUCGCCUCUGCCUUCAGGUCUGACUGUCUCUCGUCCAACAUCUCUCCAAACCUCCUAUUCGACCAACGACGUCCCGACUGUGAAGAAAACUUUGACUUUGGAUACAGCUCCUACCCCUCCCAAGACGCAAGCAGAGCAACAAUUUCAUAACCACAACGUCAGUUUGGGACGCAUUCCUGCGAACGCAGUAAACAACCGUCAGAGCCGAGAAGUCGCCAACGGAUCUGUCAAGCUAGAAGACAAAACCAUGCCUUCUGCAGCCCCACUGUCAAGUUUGCAUGCGAGUGCAGCGCCCUUCAGCACAUCUUUCACCAGUACCUCAGAUGCCAACAUGAUGGCUUUGACCAGUCCAACCUCGACAUAUCCACCCCCGCAACCAUACAUGUACAAUAUGCAAACUUUCAACGUCAAUCAGAUGAAUCCAACCCCGGCAGCCGGAUCGAUGCAGCCCUUUGGCCAGGGUCAGGGAAUCUAUGGCAUGAACAAUAACUAUUCUGGCCCACAGCGUUCAGGCACUGGUCGCCGUAAUCAUGGUGAUGAAGCUCGAUUCAACAACGUCCCCCUUGAGUCAUAUCGUGGAAGUCUCUAUGAACUCUGUAAAGACCAACAUGGCUGUCGCUACCUCCAGCGCAAGCUUGAGGACGGCAAUGAAGAGCAUAUUCAAGCCAUCUUUGUUGAGACUUGUCCUCAUAUCAUUGAGCUGAUGACCGAUCCCUUCGGUAACUACCUCUGCCAGAAGUUGUUCGAGCACUGCAAUGAGGAGCAGCGUACUACCUUGAUCAAUACUGCCGCGCCUGCCCUGGCCACCAUUGCUCUCAAUCAACAUGGAACCCGUGCCCUUCAGAAGAUGAUUGAGUUCGUUCAUACUCCUUCUCAGGUCGACACUAUCAUCCAAGCAUUGUCCCCUCGCGUUGUCGAGCUUGUUCAGGACUUGAACGGCAACCACGUGGUCCAGAAAUGCCUCACUCGUCUCGGGGCCGAACGUUCUCAGUUCAUCUACGAUGCGGUUGGCAACUAUUGUGUCAUUGUUGGCACUCAUCGUCACGGAUGCUGUGUUCUUCAGCGCUGUAUCGACCAUGCGCAGGGCUUUCAGCGGGCUCAGCUCAUUGCCAGAAUCACUCACUGUGCCUUUGACCUAGUCCAGGACCCAUUUGGCAAUUACGUCGUUCAGUAUAUUCUCGACCUUGAUGAAGCCGCCUUCACCAAGCCACUCUGCGAAAACUUCUACGGCCGAGUCCCAGCCUUGUCAAAGCAGAAAUUCAGUUCAAACGUCAUUGAGAAAUGCUUGCGUACUGCCGACACCGACACUAAGCGAGCCAUGAUCGAGGAGAUGCUCAUGGGGAACGAGCUCGAGAAGAUGCUCCGCGAUUCCUUCGCCAACUACGUGGUCCAGACUGCCAUGGAAUACGCGGAUCCUCCCACCAAGAUGCGUCUUGUCGACGCCAUCCGCCCCAUUCUUCCCCUCAUCAAGCAAACUCCUCAUGGCCGACGGAUUGCCAGCAAGAUUCUUGGCAACGACGUUCCAGGUCGUGGCAAUGCUCCUUCUAACGAGAAUAUCCUCGCGAGUUUCAACGGUGGCCGUGCAAAUAGCCGUCGCAAUGUUCAGAUCGUCGGUGGUGGAUUCAACGGCAUUCGCACUUCGGACGCGUAUGGCUCUGCAGAUAUCCCGAACAAUGUCACUCCCAAUGGAAACACCUAUGGCUUGAUGGAUUCAACUGUCAACAUGUACAACGCGCACAAUUACAACAACGAUCUCGGCGCCACCGGCUACGCCAACUUCAUGAAUGGUUCAGUUGGCGGCUCUAACAAUGUCAUUUGA